CUAGUUACUUGCUGCUGUCGCUUUAGUUAAUCCCAUUCGCGCCUCUAUACCUUCAUUCAUUAUUCCUUCAUUCAUUUAGCCAGCGACGGACAGGAUACACGACGAACAACGAUAAAAAAAUAGACAACAUAUACCAAGCAACCUUGAAACCAAUCACCAAAACCUUUAUACCAACUUGCCUAUACCAACAAACAUGUCGUCCAUCCGCACCACAGUCCACGAGUCUCUCCCUUACGUCGACCCCGAACCAACCCCCGCCGAGCGCGCCGCAGCCGAAUCCCUGAUCGCCGCCGAACAACAAUCCACCUCCACCUCCACCUCCCCUUCCACCCUACUACCCCCAACCUACACACCAACCUUCACCCCCCUCAUGACCGCCGAGCUCUCGCGCAUCGCCACCAAAGCCCCCCUCCGCGCCAUCGACCUCUCCCGCUACGAAGCCACACCCUCCUCCCCCCCAUCAUCCCCAUCCUCCCAGAAGACCCUCGCCCCCCUCCUCGCCCGCGCCUACACAUCCUCCGCGUACCUCUCGUCGCGGCACACGCACCUCCAGCUCCUCGACGCCUACGGCAAGAACGCGUGGCUCGUGGGGAACUACCAGCUGGAAGCCGAGCUCCAGUCCCUGGAGCGCGACCUCGCCUCCGCGAAGCGCGAGAUCGACGUGCUGACCAUCGAGCGGCGGCGCGCGCAGGACGCCGUGGCCGGCGAGCUCACCGCCCUGGACGACAACUGGCGCCGCGGCGUCGGGCGCGUCCUCGAGACCGAGGUCGCCACCGAGGCCCUGCGGCUGCAGGUUUUGGAGAAGCAGCGGGAGGGGGUUGCUGGUGGGAUGAGUUGAAUGGAGAGGAUUGGAACGGAAUGAAAUUGAAUCGAGAUAAAUCAUAAUAAUUACCUAUACAACUAUUACCGGUACCUACAGUUAUAUCGCCAAGGGCACGGUACUUUGCGUACCUAAUGGGCUUAUAAAUGGAUCAGAUGGAGGAUGGUGAAAAGUACAAAAAAAAAAAAUUACGAAAUAAUCACGAUACUGAGCGAAUAGCCAACAUUGACACUGAUUUGAGGUUCUGAUGAGGCAGCUCUAAAAUGGGUUGAUAAUGCCUCUGCUGCGGUAUCAAUAAGUAUUGAAUAGUAAACCUAGGUACUCAACACAAAAAAAACGAGGGUAAUUCCGAGAACGCCUCCUAAAACUAAGUUCGCCAUCCGUUUGUCUAAAACUACCUUUCCCCCUAAAGUACCAUGUAUCUCGCCCCAGGUCUGUACAUAUUACACAGGCACCUAUUCAA